AUGUCCAAGCGCUCUCGGAGCAUCUCCAGGUCCCCCUCUGUCGAUCAUCUAGAGACCUGUUCAAGACCUUCGUCACCAGCGUCUUCCAUAGCCUCCAUCGAACGUUCCAAGAAGCAUCUACUGGAUACCCCCAAUUCCGUGAACGAAGUGAUGCAUUGCUCACUGCCACCGCAUCGGGAGACACUCUCGUUCCCCUCAUAUGAUGACUACGAGGUACAUUAUAAACAGACGCAUGUUAACAGAUGCGCAGCGUGUGGGAAGAACUUCCCUUCAGACCGGUUUUUGAAUUUACAUAUCGAGGAGAACCAUGAUCCUUUGACUGCCGCGAAGAGGGAGCGGGGAGAAAAGACCUACGGAUGUUUUAUUGAGGAUUGCGAGCGGAAAUGCUCAACGCCGCAAAAACGCCGUAUGCAUUUGAUAGAUAAACAUAUGUUUCCUAAGACCUACAACUUCCACAUAGUAAACGAUGGCAUAGAUAGGCAGACGUCUAUGCUGCGGCCAGCGAACUCCCAUAGACGUCGGAUUUCAGCGACCGCCAAUUCCCCCCAAGAAGGUCGGCUAAGAUACCGACAAAGUUCCAUAUCCCAUCCUAAACCGGUUCCUGAACAGAAUCCAGCUCCUCAGUUACAAUCGGAUGAGGUGGGAAUUACUCAACUCGAGAAAUCCAUGUCUGCUUUGCGAUUUAUCCCCGCGAGUGUUACAAAGAGCCAUGGCCGGCGAUCCGACUGA